AUGGGGGCAAAAAAAGUUGAAAAAGUUAAAGACAAAGCUGAAGAGUUAGUAUUUCUAGAGUUAGAGCAGCCAAGUACAAAAUGUCCAGAAGGUUUAAACGAAGAUUCCGAUUUUUAUCCUUGCUUUGCGAACCAUUCUGGAAUAACGAUAAGAAUCACUGGAGCAGACAGUAUAGAAUCUGUGGACUCCGAAAGCACCGAUAAUGAAGUACAAAUAGAAGAGAACUUCAUGAGUAGUUUAUACAAUAUAGUUGAGUUCAGACCAGAUAACAAAACUUUUGUUUCGAAAACAUACCAGAAAAGCAGAGUAAAAGAAACUACUUACCAACUAUCUAAUGAAACAUUCAUUUUGAAAGGCACAAAAAGUACACAAAAUGUCAGAUCACCCAAAUCCACCCAAAAAGAUGCAGGACCCUACCAAAGGAAUUAUAAAAAGGAAGAGAGCAAAAGAGAACUCGCUGGGACAAAGCCAAAACCAGAAAAGACUGAUCAUACAGUCCCACAUAGGGCUCAGAAAGAAACUAAGGUUGCAGUAAAACCAAAACAGUUGAGCUUCAAAUCAAAAUUAGAGGAAGAUUCGGACAAGACUGAAGAGUGUUGUGUCAUAAGGAAAGCAAGACCCAAGAGUUGUGUCGAGAAGGAAUCAGUGAAAGUGAAGACAAGCUCUCGUCCACUGACGGCUCCGGUGAAGCGAUCAUGUUGUCAGUGGGGCCAACCUCACCUGCCUGAAUACAACGGACUGCGAUCCGAGUAUGGUCUCAGCGCAGAGCAACUCAUGGAGAGAAAAAGGCACAAGAUAGAAUCUUUGAAAAUGCAAAAACAGCGGAAGGAACAAAAAUACAAAGAAGAACAAGAAAAGAGAAAGGAAAAUGAGGCAAAGUUUAUCGCGUGGCUUGAGGACAAAAGGAAACAAGCGCAAAUGCAAUUUUUGCGAAAUCAAAAAAUAAAGGCUGAGAGUGGUAUAAAGCUAUAUCCAGCACCCACAGCACACCUCAAAAGAACUGGAGCUAUAAGAAGUAGGAGAGUGUUUAAAACCCAAAGGAAAUGUGUUUCAUUGGAGGAGCUUCUUAACAAUGCAAGCAGACCCUCCUCCACUGUCAGCGUUAUAGUACAUGAGGGCGAGGUGGGCGGUGUUAGGCUUUGCACUAGACACCAAUGA